AUGCCGCGCCUUCGUUCUCUCGACGGCCGUGCGUUUCUCAAUGUGGCGGCGGAGGCGCCGGUUUCGUCCGAGCCGAUGCAUCUGAUGCCUGGCACGUCGUCUCUCAGUCGCGAGUGUGUAUCGGAACUCCAAGACCGCCUCCAGGAAACUGCACGCUGCGUACGAUCUGCCGGGACGGUUCAUCCGAAGAGAAGCUCCACGGUGUACGUGGGCGCUCCGGGCAUUGCGUAUGCGUUCCUGAAGCUCGCGACGCUCCAAACAGGCGACCAGAAGCAGGCGAGUCGAGAUACAGCUCAGAAGCUUCUCGGGCCGACGGUCCUCGAGUCGAUCGUCGAGCAAGCGAAAAGGCACCGCUCCCUCGGCCCGAGCCUUUUGUGCGGCCCCGCGGGGGUUUUCAUGGUCCUGGCUUUACAGGCGUGGCAACCCGGCGUCCACCUCGCUUCCCAGUCCGCUGCGUACCUCGACGCAGUGCAGUCUUACAAGCAGUACUCGGAGUACGCGAUCAAAGAGCUUGACUCGGAUGAAUGGCUCUACGGUCGAGCAGGCUAUCUCUACGGCUGCUUAUUUCUGAACCACCUGGCCCCCGGCUCCGUCUCCGAGACGACGGUCACUCAACUCGCCAUGGCGAUACUGGAGUCUGGCGAGGCCUUUGGCCGCAAAACUGGCGGCAGUCCGCUCAUGUACCGCUGGCACGAUAAGCAGUACAUUGGCGCGGCUCACGGGCUGUUUGGGAUCGUGUACAUUCUGAUGCUGGUCGACUCCGUGCGGAACGAUCCGCACGCCAUGCGCCUGGUGAAGUCGACGCUAGAGUGGCUGCUCACUCUCGAGUCGAAGAACCACAACUGGCCGGCAGUCGUCGGCGAGACAGGGGACUACUUGUGCCACUUCUGCCACGGGGCGACUGGCGCCGUCUUCGCCUUCGGUCUCGGCAGCAUUGUGUUCAACAAUCGAGAGUUCCAGAAAGCUGCUCUUCGCGCGGCGAGCUGCGUGUGGAAGUACGGCCUGCUGAAAAAGGGGCCUGGCAUAUGUCAUGGAAUCUCCGGAAGUGGCUAUGGGCUGCUCAUGGCGUACAAACUGACGCGCGACCCUGUCUGGCUAGACCGCGCAGCGGAUUUCGCUCUAAAGAUGUUCGACGAAAAGCUGCAGGCCGACAGCAGGGUACCGGACAACCCGUUCAGCCUCUUUGAAGGCCUUUCAGGGGCCAUCUGUUUCCUGGUAGAUCUCCUGAAGAAUCCACUGAAGGCUUCGUUUCCGCUCUUCGAACUAGGCUUCUGA